UCUGCCUCCUCCCUCUCCUUUCCCCGCCUCCGGGCCUCCGCAUCGACGCGGCCGGGGCCGGAGACCAGCCGGAGCCGCAGCCGAGCCGGAGCCGCAGAGACACGGAAACAUGGAGGCCUGAGCCGGCGUGCGCCAUCCCGGUUGCAGCAGCGAUCACGGUUUGUCCUGUUCCCCUUCUGCCGCCCGCUCGUCUGUCGGUGAGUUGGAAACGGAUCUCCCGGCCGGCUGAGACAGGUUGUCGUGUGGAAAUGAAGGUUUAAGGACAAGUAUUCUACCAGGUUAGAAGAUGGGAUCAAACAGCAGCAGAAUCAGUGAUCUCCCUAAAAAUGAAUACUUAAAGAAGUUAUCGGGUACAGAAUCUGUCUCCGAGAAUGACCCAUUCUGGAAUCAGCUUCUCUCGUUUUCUUUUCCUGCACCAACCAGCAGUACUGAGUUGAAGCUCUUGGAGGAGGCAACUGUUUCAGUUUGCAGGUCUUUAGUUGAAAACAAUCCUCGAACAGGAAACCUUGGUGCAUUAAUUAAGGUCUUCCUUUCUAGAACCAAAGAACUAAAACUUUCAGCAGAAUGUCAGAACCACAUCUUCAUUUGGCAGACUCACAAUGCUUUGUUUAUUAUUUGCUGUUUGCUGAAAGUGUUCAUUUGUGAGAUGUCAGAGGAGGAAUUACAGCUUCAUUUUACUUAUGAAGAAAAAUCUGGCAGUUACAGUUGUGACUCAGAAGAUCUUUUGGAAGAAUUAGUCUGCUGUUUGAUGCAAUUAAUCACCGAUAUUCCACUCCUAGAUAUUACAUAUGAAAUAUCAGUAGAAGCUAUAUCAACAAUGGUUGUUUUCCUUUCCUGCCAACUCUUCCACAAGGAAGUUUUGCGACAGAGCAUCAGUCACAAGUAUUUGAUGCGAGGUCGAUGUCUUCCAUACACCAGCAAACUGGUGAAAACCUUGUUAUAUAACUUUAUCAGACAAGAAAAGCCACCUCCUCCAGGAACGCACGUUUUCUCUCAGCAGUCGGAGGGGGGAGGACUGCUGUAUGGACUUGCAUCGGGAGUAGCAACUGGACUCUGGACUGUCUUCACACUGGGCGGUGUGGGCAGCAAAGCGGCUGCCGCUCCAGCACUUGCUUCCCCUCUGGCCAACCAAAGUCUCCUGCUUCUGCUGGUGCUUGCCAACCUGACAGAUGCUGCAGACGCACCAAACCCCUACCGACAGGCCAUUAUGUCCUUUAAGAAUACACAAGAUAACAGUCCUUUCCCCUCGUCAAUUCCACAUGCUUUCCAGAUUAAUUUUAAUAGUUUGUACACGGCUCUGUGUGAACAGCAGACAUCUGAUCAAGCAACUCUCCUCUUGUAUACAUUGCUCCAUCAAAACAGUAAUAUUAGAACAUACAUGCUGGCUCGCACAGAUAUGGAAAGUCUUGUUUUACCCAUUCUAGAGAUUCUGUAUCAUGUUGAAGAAAGAAAUUCACACCAUGUGUAUAUGGCCCUUAUAAUAUUGUUGAUCCUUACGGAAGAUGAUGGCUUCAAUAGAUCCAUUCACGAAGUGAUAUUAAAAAAUAUUACUUGGUAUUCAGAACGGGUUUUAACUGAAAUUUCACUGGGGAGUCUCCUGAUAUUGGUCGUAAUAAGAACCAUUCAAUAUAACAUGACACGGACAAGAGACAAGUACCUUCACACAAAUUGUUUGGCAGCUUUGGCAAAUAUGUCGGCACAGUUUCGUUCUCUCCAUCAGUAUGCUGCCCAGAGGAUAAUUAGUUAUACCUGCCGCCACUUGCGGAGAUAUGUUAAUGUGUUGGACAAACUGUAUUUCCCCCACUCUCACUGUUCUACGCUUCAGCAUUGCUUCUCGAGCCUCAGUGACAAUGGAGAGGAACUCUUGUCUUUAACUUGCUCUCACAUUCUCAGAUCCUAUGCUUCCAGUUUGUUUUCCUUGCUGUCUAAAAAACACAACAAAGUUCUGGAACAAGCCACACAGUCCUUAAGAGGUUCGCUAAGUUCCAAUGAUGUUCCUCUACCAGAUUACGCACAAGACCUAAACGUCAUCGAAGAAGUGAUUCGGAUGAUGUUAGAGAUCAUCAAUUCCUGCCUGACAAAUUCUCUUCACCACAAUCCAAACUUGGUGUAUGCACUGCUUUACAAACGCGAUCUCUUUGAACAAUUUCAAACUCAUCCGUCAUUCCAGGAUAUAAUGCAAAAUAUUGAUCUGGUGAUCAACUUCUUUAACUCGCGGUUGCUACAAGCUGGAGCUGAGCUGUCAGUGGAACGAGUCCUGGAAAUCAUCAAGCAGGGAGUUGUUGCACUGCCCAAAGACAGGCUGAAGAAAUUUCCAGAAUUGAAAUUCAAAUACGUGGAAGAGGAGCAGCCCGAGGAGUUUUUUAUCCCCUACGUCUGGUCUCUGGUCUACAACUCGGCCGUAGGCCUGUACUGGAACGCACAGGACAUCCAGCUGUUCACGAUGGAUUCCGACUGAGGGCGGGCGCCGUCUCCCACCCUGACUCCCCUCCAGCCACAGCCCUCCUAGUUAUUUUCUUCUGGAGAACAGAAGUAGACAGAUUGCCUGGCGUGUCGUCUAUUGAAGAGGAUCACACAGGCGUGUUUCCUUUGCAUUUGGAGAAGAGAUGCCUGUCAGCAAUAGAUCACUCAGCUUAGAUUGCAGUGCAAAAAGUGGGGGGGAUACACAAUAAUAAAUGUAAACCCUGCUAUUCCA